AUGGGUACACUGCACAACGAAUCAACAAUACCGUCAUAUUAUUACUAUGUAGAUCCAAGUGGACCUGCUUAUGAAGCUGAACAGCCUAAUCCGCUAGAUGAUCUAAUAUCAGUUUAUGGGCUGCAGGAUAUUUCCAGACAAGUGGCUAGGACAAAUCCUGAUGGGACGAAGGCUGUUAAGUUGCGCAAGUCGUAUAAGAAUCAAAUACAGGAUCUAUCGGGGAAAUUCUCUGUGAUACCUAGUCGGGAGAAUGGACGUGGCGGAGAGGUGACGCCAAUUGUCUUCCAGCCGAUUAAUACGGAUAUGGUUCCACAAAUGCGGAAGGAGAAUGGGAAAUUUAGUCAGGAAGAAUGGAGAACGAUGUUUAUGAAUCGUGAUCAUGCGUUGUUUGAGCAGCCUAUGAUGGAUUGGGAGAUGUGUGCUAAAGUCAUUUCACAAUUUGAGCGGAGUUAUACUGGUGAGUUUAAGAAUCAAGGGUUUGAAGUUGAUGAUUUGGCUUUUGAUUUAGAUGGUAGUGGCAGUAAUACUAAUGGGGUUGGAGGUAGUGGAGGAAGUGGAGGAGCAAGCAAGAGCAAGAAACGGAAAAGCAAAUCUAAUGGAUCGUCGAUGGCCACGCCGAACAGCGAUAUCCAAGAUGAUAUUAAGCGAAGAAGAUUAGAAUGA